GUGAUUAAAUUGUGAUAAGGAUACCGGGUUUUUAGUCUUUAAAAAGAAUUAUUAGUCUCGAUUUCUCGACUCUUGAGUCUACACACUACAGUAUGUCAGUGUUCCACAUUGGCACAAACGUCUAGUUCUCGUACAGUUUAUGAGUCCAGACGUUUGGUACUUUAGACUUAUUACUUAUUUACAAAUUACAACUAAUCUCACAUUCAUAAAUCAUUGUUCAUUUAUUUGAUUUCUUUCAACAUAUUGAGCCAUUCUGUUUAAACCUUAAUAAUAUUUUCUUCAAAAAUGAUUAGAAUUAUUAAAGUAACUAAUCGUAUCUGGGGAAAUGUAAAUCACGCUCAAAGGUUAUCGGCGAGUGUCUUGCGUUUUUCUACUUCUACCGUUAAAGAUCGUUAUUAUACCGACAAACAUGAAUGGAUUGAUGUGAAGGAUAAUAUUGGUACCAUAGGAAUUUCAGAUUAUGCUCAAGAUGCUUUAGGUGAUGUAGUUUAUGCUGAGCUGCCGUCUGUUGGAACGGAAAUAAUAAUAAAAGAUGAAUGUGGUGCAUUAGAGAGUGUAAAAGCUGCAAGUGAACUAUACAGUCCUGCAUCCGGCAAAGUAGUUGAAAUAAAUUCUCAGGUGGAAACAAGACCAGCAUUGAUAAAUCAAUCUUGUUAUGAAAAUGGAUGGCUUUUCAAAUUAGAACUAUCAUCUCCGGAAGAAAUAUCGAAUUUAAUGAAUGAAGAACAAUAUGCUGAAUUCAUUAAACAUGAUCACAGUUAAUUCUAAAGUAAGUAACUGAUGAUCUGUUAGACAAAAUUAACUAAGUAUAGAAUAUUAAUAAUUGUUUUAAAUUGAUUAAUACUUUAUGUCUUUACAAGUACCCCAAGUAUGUAUUAUGACUUCUGUAUUUUUGUUAUUUUUUUUUUUGUUAUUGAUUUACCUAAGUUGUAUGCAUUUAUCUAAAAUAUGAACCUAUUUUUUUAAACUUUUACUCAAUAAAAAAAUGUAU